UUUAAACUUCUGUGCGUUAAAUAACACUUUGGUUAAGCAGCUUUAUCCGUUUUACCGCUCUAUUCUUAUCCAAUGUAAAUUUGUGUCACUGUGCCAACAAAAAUGUCCCAAAUUACUGAAGUAGUAACUGAUGUCAAACGUCCAAUAUUCGUGGAGUUCCAAAACGAAUUUGAACUAGAUCUCAAUGCGAACAUAAAGUCUCGUAUUCUUAAAGAUAAAAUAUCAAGAAAAAGAAUUUUCGGUUUGGCGACUGAGAAUAUGGUGUACUGUGGCGAAAUUAAAGACCAGGACGAACUGUACAACAAUUUCCUGUUGGUUCAUGAUCCCACUGCUCGCGAAAUAAAAUUAUUACAAGUUGACAAUUGUUCAAUGGCACCUCUGUUGAUAAGUUCAACCGUCAAUACAAAAUCACCCAUCACUGAGCGAUCAUCUGCACAUUUGAAGAAGGAGUUCGGUUCAAAACGCUCCAAACGUAUGACUGAACAACAAGAGAGGUUACAGAUGAACCUUGAGAAUGUUAAAGAGCAUUUGGAAUCGACAGUCGCUGAUGUUGAGGUUACUCAGGUAGAUUCGACCAUGCCUGAUGAAACCCAUAGUGAAUACAUACCCAAAAUCAACCGGAAUGCGCCAGUGAGGGAGGAAGUUUACAAAUUAGAGGACCUUGUUGAUGGCAAUGUACUCAAUUCAUUAAAUGAAAAGGCUUCAGAAGUGCUUGAUGGUGAUAAUCUGAAAAGCUUUGAAUUGAUACCGUUCGUUUCUGCUGCGAUAACAAUUUUGAAAUUAUCACCAUUUACGGAUACAAAGAAACAUGAAAGGUGCAAAAUUCUACUCUACAUUAAUUAUUUGGCAAAAUAUGCGAUCACUCCAGUGAAAAACAUGACGAAAAAAUUUAUUAUCUGUAACUGGUCCCAUUUGGUGGACACUCACAUCAAGCAAAAUUUUUCUGUCAACGGUCAACGACCUCUUAGCAUGAAAGACAAGUGCCUCAGCUAUAUCCUUGUGUUGUACUUGCUGGCUAAAGACUACGAAGCGGAUUUGGAAAUACUGGCCAGAGAUUUAAAGGUGGGAGUAAAGAAGCUGAUCGAGAUCUCCAGAGUUUUAGCUUUCAGUCAGUUGGCCAGUAAAAAGACUACUGUGACUUUAAAAGUACCGUUACCUCCUCCGGUAACACCCUUCAUCAAGAAAAGAAAACCUUAACUCAUUUAUUUUUUUACGAGAUGUAAGUCCUGGUAUAGACAAUACAAUUUAUACAUGUAUAUUUAGUAGAUAUAAAUUUUUAACCGGUAAUUUCAUGCAAUUUUUUCUUGGAAUAUGGGCUUGUUUUGGUGCAAUUUGGUUUGAAAGGUUGUUUUUAAAAUUUUGAUACUAUAAUAGUGGGGUUGUUAGUUUUAAAUCGCUAAAUUUUAUUCAAAAAUGUGUUUACCACGCACCACCACAAAUUCUUUAUUGACUUGUUUUUAUUAUAAUUUAUAAUUUUAUUGAUUAUAUUGAUUAUAUAUUGCUAGUUUUUUAAAAUUUUUGCUUGCAAGUACUCGACUUGCAAUGAGUAGGUUUUACAGUUGCUUGUUGAACAUAUUUAGAAUUUAAGAGUCAUCUUUCGUUGAUUUCGACUUAAUUUACAUUUUUCAAGUUUAUGAAAACAAACGCUUUGCGCCCAUUUACACGCAAAAAUUUGAGAAAAAAUAGCCGAUAAUUUUAUCUGCCAAAUUUUUUGGAAUUUGGUAGUAGACACCUUGCAAUAUUUGCAUGAAAAAAUUCAUGUGAAAAUUGUAUCGUGUCUACCGGGCUUAAGUUAUGUUUGUGAUUUACUAUAUAUAAAUGUAUAUUUUCUUUUAUAAUAAAAUGACACAUG